AUGUAUCUAUAGUGCAUCUAUGUUGUAUCUUAUUUACCAGAUGCCAUAAAAGCAUUUUUUAAAAAUCGAAUGCGAUCGUUGAUCUACAACACCAAUUUAGUGAAAUGAUGAAGGUUGCCUUCCUUCAUCCAGAUUUGGGAAUCGGAGGAGCCGAACGUCUGGUGGUAGAUGCAGCUCUAGCUUUGCAAUCAAAGGGCCAUCAGGUUCACAUAAUCACCUCCUAUCAUGAUCCUGGUCAUUGUUUUCCUGAAACCAAAGAUGGGACUAUUCCAGUUACUGUUAGUGGCAACUGGCUACCACGAAGCAUCUUUGGAAGGUUUCUUGCACUGUGUGCUUAUAUUCGAAUGUUAUGGGCCUCAUUCUACAUGGUGUUUUUGAGUGAUAUGCAACCCCAAGUCUAUUUUUGUGAUCAGGUCUCAAUGUGCAUACCGGUCUUAAGAUUGUUCACAAGCGUUCCUGUCAUAUUUUAUUGUCAUUUCCCAGAUCUUCUACUUGCCAGCCAUAAAACAUGGAUUAAAAAGCUUUACAGAGCACCCUUGGACUGGAUAGAGGAAAAAACCACUGACCUAGCCACUAUAACUGUCGUCAAUAGCCACUUUACAGCUGGCGUAUUCUGCGAAACUUUUAAAAGUAUUCUUCGGAGACCAAAAGUUCUUUAUCCAUCACUCAAUUUUCGUAGUUUUGAUGGAGAAUGUGGGAACAAUUUGAAUAGUGUCAUUGGCACCGAGCAAGUCCUGGACUUUGUUUUCCUCUCUAUAAAUCGGUAUGAGCGCAAAAAGAACCUUGGAUUGGCAAUUAAAGCAUUUGGUUUAUUGAAAUCUUUCCUAGGUGACGCAAAAAUUCAUCUGAUUAUGGUUGGAGGAUACGACGAUCGACUUGUUGAAAACGUAGAGCAUUACAACGAAUUGCAAAAACUGACGAAAUCUUUGCAACUUGGUGAUUAUGUUACAUUCCUUCGGUCGCCGAGUGAUGAAACGAAGACAUGUUUGUUGAAGAACUGCCAUACAUUGUUGUACACGCCAGACAAGGAGCAUUUCGGUAUCGUCCCCUUGGAGGCCAUGUAUUGUCAACUUCCUGUCAUCGCCGUCAACAGUGGAGGGCCACUAGAAACAGUGGAGGACCAUCGAACUGGCUACCUGUGUCAUCCGACAGUAGAAGAUUUUGCCGAAAAGAUGAAAUAUCUUUACGAAAAUCGAAAUCUAGCAACCAAAAUGGGAGAAAGGGGCAGACAACGCGUAAUUGAGCACUUUUCCUUCAAUUCCUUUAGCCAGCAACUGAACGAGUUGGUGGUUGAACUUACUGUAUCGAGGGCUUAAUGGGCAUUACACGAAUAUACAAGUAAA